AUAAAAAAAAAAAAAGUUGCUAUGACCUUGACUUUCGUCCUGAGUGUAUAUAAACUGAGGCUCAACUCGAGGCUGAUGCAUUGCCUGUUCUGCUUGCAUCCGGUACCCACGUUUGCGAAGAUAUUUUCGCCAUGAAGUUGCUGUCGAUGAUUGUGGCCCUUGCUGUGGUCGCUUCCUGCCUGGUGGGCUGGGCCAGCGCCAUGCCUGAGCCUUACGCCUUAGCUGACGCCGACGCUGAAGCUGUCCCCGACGCUGUUCCUAAAGCUGACGCUGAGGCCGAUCCUCACUUUGGAUUUAGAGGCUUCGGAAGAGGUUAUGGGGGUUACGGAGGCUUCGGAAGAGGUUAUGGGGGUUACGGAGGCUUCGGAAGAGGCUUUGGGAGUUUCGGUCACGGCUUCUGGUAAAAACCUGCAGCUCAUGACACUCGGACAGUGACGAUUGCUUUGUAACACUGGUCUUUUCAAGCCGAAUUUCCGUUUUCACAAGAGUCCUGAAUAAAAUUUCGCCUAAUGAAGAAAU